ACCAAUCCUUAGUUUUAUACACCAUAAGCCAUGAAUAAUUUCUUUGUAAAUUUUCAAUUGUAGUGAUAUAAAAAGCAAAAGCAAAAGCGAAAAAGUUCUUGAAACUAACUAUAUUUCGUAAAUACAAUUAGAGUCCUAUAAAAUUGUAGUAGUUUACACAAUAUAAUGAUAAGCAAAAACUACUUGGAAUAGAGCUCAUUCACUACUACUUUAACUGUGCAUAUUAAAUCCCAAGGUGAAGAAAGCUGCAAGGACGCGUCAUGUCGUCUUUAUCGGCUUCUGCAGAAAAUGUAUCUAGCGCCGGAGGUGGCGGAAUUAUGGAUCAAGGUGCAGGUGCAUCCGAUGGAAGCUCAAGUAUGUGUUUGGAGUUGGCAUUAGAGGGUGAACGGCUAUGUAAAUCUGGAGACUGUCGUUCAGGUGUGGCAUUCUUUCAAGCAGCUAUACAAGCAGGCACAAGUGAUUUGCGUACCUUGUCCGCGAUAUAUUCUCAAUUGGGAAACGCGUACUUCUAUUUGGGAGAUUAUGCUAAAGCCAUGCAAUAUCAUAAACUUGAUCUUACACUAGCGCGCACUAUGAAUGACAAGUUGGGCGAGGCCAAGUCGUCGGGAAAUUUGGGAAACACCUUAAAAGUUAUGGGACGAUUUAAUGAAGCAGCUAUUUGUUGCGAUCGUCAUCUGACCUUAGCACGACAACUUGGAGAUAAACUCUCGGAAGGUCGUGCUCUUUAUAAUUUGGGAAACGUAUAUCAUGCAAAAGGAAAACAUAUGGGGCAGGGUAAUCCUGGCGACUAUGGAGACGAUGUACGCGAGGCAUUGAGUAAAGCGGUUGAGUUUUAUCAAGAAAAUUUGAAAUUGAUGAGAGAAUUGGGAGAUCGUAGUGCACAAGGUAGAGCAUGUGGAAACUUGGGCAAUACUUAUUAUUUGCUGGGCAAUUUCCAAGCUGCUAUUGAACAUCAUCAAGAACGACUUUGCAUUGCACGGGAAUUCGGUGAUCGAUCCGCUGAACGUCGCGCUAAUAGCAAUUUAGGAAAUUCCCAUAUAUUUCUGGGACAAUUUGAAGAAGCAGCAGAUCAUUACAAAAGAACUCUAGCUUUGGCUAUCGAACUUGGAGAGCGUGAAGUUGAGGCACAGGCAUGUUACAGCCUUGGAAAUACAUAUACUCUGCUGCGGGAAUUUUCAACGGCCAUUGACUACCAUCAUCGUCAUUUAGCCAUAGCACAAGAACUGGGCGAUCGUGUUGGAGAAGCACGUGCUUGUUGGUCACUCGGUAAUGCACAUUCUGCUAUCGGGAACCACGAAAAGGCCCUGUUGUAUGCCGAGGCACAUCUUAUUCUAGCCGUUGAAUUACAAGACCCUAUUGGCGAAAGUACAGCCAGGGUUAACAUCUCUGACUUGCGAAAAUUGCUAGGAUUGCCCGAUUCACCCAUUGACUGCGAAGAACGUUCAAUUGCAUCAGAUGUGUCAGCUAUUAUUGAUCAACGCUCCGAUAGUUCAGGAAGCUCACAAAGUCGUAUGGUACGUGUGAGACGUCAAAGUAUGGAGCAAUUAGAUUUAAUUAAAAUCACUCCAGAUGGAAAACAUGCGAAUCAAAAUAAUACAUUAGAUGACAAACGCGUUCCCAAAGGAAUUGGUACAAAAGUCAAGGCUGAUGAAGACUUUUUCGAUCUUCUAUCACGCUCACAAUCAAAACGAAUGGAUGAUCAGCGUUGUUCCAUUAAAAUUGGUAAAAAUCCACCAAAUACAACGGCGCCAAUAGCAGGUGGGCCAUCGGCACUCACAUCGAGUUCGGGUGCUACACGUAAGCCAUUAGCACAGCAAAACUCCAUAUCCAGCGGCAAUGGUGGCGAUAACAGUGUUGCAGUUAGCGUAAAGUCUUUCAGUAAUUCGAAUGCCGUUGCUGGCACCAACCCGGGUCAUAAUCAUGCACAUGGACAGCUGGCACGUAGUGCUACAACUACUCAACAACCUGAUGAUGACUUUUUGGAAAUGUUGGUACGCUGUCAAGGCUCACGUUUGGAAGAACAACGCUCUGAGCUACCACGAUCGAAUGUCACCAUGGACGCAGAGGCGCCAACACGUGCUAAUGCUGUAGCUGGUGGUCGCACUGCUGGCGGCAGUGGACGUGCUGGUGGUACGACCGUGCCUGAUGAGGAUUUCUUCUCAUUAAUAAUGAAGGUACAAAGUGGCCGAAUGGAGGAUCAAAGAGCAGCAAUACCUGGUUUUGGUGGUUUUCCGCAACGCAAUACAGGUAAUGGUGGUGUCGCGGGUGGUACUGGUGAGAAGAUCAAUAAUAACGCUAGUAAUCAGAACAAACAGUAAAUGCUGUUAUACGUAUACAUUUAUGUAAGUAUAUAAAGUGUUGGAAGUUAUACGUAAAGCAUAUUUUCAUCUGGAUUUCUUAGGCUUUCUAUUCUUACAUUUCCCUUUUUUAUUAUAACACUCAAAGUAAUUUUUUGUAGCAAGUUUUCAUGACCAAAAUGCUAAUGAAUUUCGAGACUAUUCAUUUUCCAUACUGAUACCAAUUACACAUAUUCUAUACUUUCAAUUGCUUAGAGUGUGUCUUUCAGCUGAUUUACCGAGCCACAUACUACACAUUCUCAUUUUCAUACAUUAAGGUUUUCUUUUUGUACGAAAAUAUAUUCAUUAUAUUUGAAAUUAUAUACGAAAUCGAAAAUUUAAAAUAGUUGUUUUUUAUAAUUUAAUGUUUAACUCAUAAAAUAUUCAUACUCAUAUAAAAAAGAAUCAAAUAUUCCAUAAAUAAUGUUGCAUUUCAAAAUAGGCCCGAUUGCAGCCACUAAAAAAACAUUUACACAUUAAACUCAUACCUACAUACAUAAAAUAUUGCGCAAUAUUUUUCACUAUGGCAAGUUGUUAUAUGCAUGCAUACCUAAACGUACCCAAAAAAAAAAGUUCGUUUCCAGUCCAAACGUAUUAAGUAUUAUGGAAUAAGAAUGAAUCAUACAUUUAAAAUGGAAUUCUGAAACAGUAUAGAAGUAAUAAUAACAUUUUGCAGCAAAUAUAUGAUACAACAUUUUUACAAAGCUGUAUUGCAAGUUCACAAAUUGACUACCAUUUUAUGAAGUAUUUUAAAUGAAAUAUUGUCAAUACUAUUAAGAAUUUUUACAAAACAAAAAUACAAAAAAAAACAUGAAAUAUGUGUUUAGCAAACGCUCACAAAAGUGUACGCGCUUUGCAUACUUAAAAGCCAAAUUAUUGUAAUAUAAAUUUACUACAUCUAAAUAAAUAUUAUUUUAUCUAACAA